CGCCGCGCGGAGUACAGACGCAGGCAGGGGGGCGAGGGCGCGCGGGCUGCCUGCGGGGACGCACCGACCUAGCUGCGCUGCCCGUGCCGCUGCUGCUGCGGGCCGCCCGAGGGCCUGGCUUGUGAGGGCGCAGGGGCCCAGUGGCGUCCGCCCUGCUUCAGGCUCACCUGUCACCAUGAAGCUGCUGCACCCAGUCUUCCCUGGCUGCUUCCUGCUAACCCUGCUAAGUGUAUGGACAGCUGCUCCGGAGGCUCAGGCUGUGUCCCCGGGGAUGCCCGCCAUCAGCGCAGCCUCUUUCCUGCAGGACCUCAUGCAUCGCUAUGGGGAGGGUGACAGCCUCACCCUGCAGCAGCUGAAGGCUCUGCUCAAGCACCUGGAUGUGGGAGUGAGUCAGAACAACAUCACCCAGCCUGUGCAGGGGCAGAGGAACCUCUCGACGUGCUUCAGUUCUGGGGACCUCUUUGCCGCCCACGACUUCAGCAACCAGUCGCGGAUUGGGGAGAGUGAGUUCAAGGAGUUCUGCCCCACCAUCCUCCAGCAGCUGGAUUCCCAGGCCUGCUCCCCCAAGAACAAGAACAAGGAGGACAAGCCGACGGAGGAGGGGAGGCCCAGCUCAGUGGAAGUGUGGGGAUACGGUCUCCUCUGUGUGACCGUCAUCUCCCUCUGCUCCCUCAUGGGGGCCAGCGUGGUGCCCUUUAUGAAGAAGACUUUUUACAAGAGGCUGCUGCUCUACUUCAUAGCUCUGGCGAUUGGAACCCUCUACUCCAACGCCCUCUUCCAGCUCAUCCCCGAGGCUUUUGGCUUCAACCCUCUGGAAGAUAAUUAUGUCUCCAAGUCCGCGAUGGUGUUCGGGGGCUUUUAUCUUUUCUUUUUCACAGAGAAGAUCUUGAAGAUACUUCUUAAACAGAAAAAUGAGCAUCACCAUGGACAUAGCCAUUAUGCCUCCGAGACACUGCCUUCCCAGAAGGACCAGGAGGAGGGGGUGACGGAGAAGCUGCAGAACGGGGAUCUGGACCACAUGAUUCCUCAGCACUGCAGCAGCGAGCUGGACGGGAAGGCCCCCGUGGUGGACGAGAAGGUCAUUGUGGGCUCGCUGUCUGUCCAGGACCUGCAGGCUUCGCAGAGCGCCUGCUACUGGCUGAAAGGCGUCCGCUACUCUGACAUCGGCACUCUGGCCUGGAUGAUCACCCUGAGCGACGGCCUCCACAAUUUCAUCGAUGGCCUGGCCAUCGGCGCCUCCUUCACCGUGUCGGUCUUCCAGGGCAUCAGCACCUCAGUGGCCAUCCUCUGUGAGGAGUUCCCGCAUGAGCUAGGAGACUUCGUCAUCCUGCUCAAUGCCGGCAUGAAUAUCCAGCAGGCUCUCUUCUUUAACUUCCUCUCUGCCUGCUGCUGUUACGUGGGUCUGGCCUUUGGCAUCUUAGCCAGCAACCACUUCUCUGCCAACUGGAUCUUUGCACUGGCUGGAGGAAUGUUCUUGUAUAUUUCUCUGGCUGAUAUGUUCCCCGAGAUGAACGAGGUCUGCCAAGAGGAUGAAAGGAAGGGCAGUAUCCUGGUUCCCUUUGUCAUCCAGAACCUGGGCCUCUUGACUGGUUUCGCCAUCAUGCUGCUCCUUACUAUGUAUUCAGGACAGAUCCAGAUCGGGUAGGGCCGUGCCUGGAGCCAGCGGGAUUGGAGGUGUGGCCCCGGGCUAUCCUGUCCCCUGCUGGAGGACGCCUCGUCCAUGAAGCACCUCGGAAGAGGCAGUCCUAUUAAAAACUGUGACACGGACUGUAUUCCUGCAUUCAAGUGUCAGCUGUUUUUAAAAUGCUCUGUCCUAGGAAUAAGCUGCCCUGGUAACCAGCCUCUAGGUAGUGCCUCUCGCCUUCUCUUCUUUCUCAGAGUGAUUCUGGAACUGAAUGCAGCUGAAAAGACAAGCCUAACUUUUUUUUCUCUGGCUACUCUGACCUCUUUCUCUUCCAGCCAGCACUGAGACGUUCUGAAUCCUUGGCCCUACGAUGCAGAAAUAUAGCCAAGAGUCAUAACUUGGUUAGAAAUAUCAGGAGUGUGGUGAAUCUAUAUAGUUUGGGGCCCAUAAAUCUAACUGUGUAUCCUGGGCCUCAAGGUGACCCAUUUUUAAAUGAAUUCGCCUGUUUUUUUACAGAAAAGGUACAAACGACAGGAAUCCCUCCUGUUUCUUCCAAGCUGUUCAGUUGCUUGCUUCUUUUGUCAAAGAGAACUAAAACUUGGAAACAGACGAGGAGAGGCAGGGAUCCUCCUGAGAGGGGGGAAGUAGACCCGAUGGUGUGUGUCUCGUUGGGACAGUUACUUGUUCCCCCGGCGACGUCGGGCGUUGGUUCUGUGACUGCGCCUGGGGCUUCCUGGCCGUCCAGGUGAGCAGGCAUAGAGUUCUGUGGCCUGAACUUCCCCUCCUUUCAGGCAGACAGUGACAGACUGGAGGGCAGAGAGAGGAGACACCUCCCCUUCCCCACUCCCAUCUCCUGAGGGACUUUUCCGCUGCCUCCCUGGGAGCACAUUCUAAGCACAUUCAUGAUGCUCAUAGCAGAGGGGAGACCGCACACGUUUACCUCCCCGGUCACCGCUUCUGCUGCCAAGUGGCAGGUUGCCCCGGAGAAUCGGGGUGCAGCUUACGCUUUUCCACAAGGGUAAUCAGAAACGGAAUCAGUGCAGGUGACGUUUAGGGUUUGUUAAUCCCAUAAAUAACAACAAUACGAGCCAUAGAACUCUGAGAGGCAAGGCCCAGAGCGUGGAUGGGGGCACCGCUGGUGUUUGCAGAACGGAGGACCUACUGGCUACGCUGCGCUGUCUGGGCUCCCCCUCCCUCCCCACCUCCCUCCCCCCAAACAGGAAGGGGCGAAUCCUGCAUCAAAUUGGAAUAUAAAUUGCUCUAACUCUCUUCGGAAAAUGGACGGAUAGACUCGUUUGUGAGACUGUAGGCCAGCCUCAGGCCCUGUGGAGCCCUCUCCUCAGCGCUCUGGCUGCAAGGGGAGCUAAUCCCCAAGUUCACUAGGUGAAUUGCUUUAUUAUUAUCAUAUUGAUAAUGUGAGAUUCUUUAGCCACUCUGGGGAGCCGACCUCUCCAGAAGCCUUCCUCAGCGGUGCCCACAGUUGCAGCCCAGGGGCUGUGCUCGCAAACUGACUUGUGCACAUGACUGGCAGGUGCUGGUUCGUUGCCACCACCUGUGACUUUUUCCGUUCUGCCAGGAAAUUUUUCCAUUCUAUAGUAAUUAAAAGCAGCAUCUACUCUCUCUCUCUUUUUUUUCUUCCUCCCUUUCUUCCUGGGGAAAACCCUCAAACCAGGAACAUUCUUGAAAAGAACAUGAGCGGGAAAACCUCCAGUGAUCCUUUAUAAGUUUUUUUUCUCAUCUUGCCUGUUGGCUUUGAUAGAUUUGAGAAUGGGCGGAAGAGGAAGGAAAACUCAGUUCUCAAGAUUCUAGAUGAAUUAUUAGGACAGACUCCUGGUAGAAUUAUGGUCCAGUUUUUACCAAAGAACCAAUUCCUUGAAUGUUGGAAUCUUAACUUUUUAUAAUAUCCUUAUUCCUGUUAUUGUUAGUGUUUUCAAACGAUUCUUUGUCUUUUCUGUUUUUUCUCAAACUGCUUUCAGAGCUAGCAGAAAAUAACACUCAAACUAAGACUUUAGAAGAUUUUGCUUCCCUUGAUUCUCAUUGAUGUAUUAAAUUUAUAAUCUUAGCAUUCCCUGUAGAUCUGUCAUUCCUUACAAAUACCGUUAUUCUUGAAGUAGAAUACUAAGUAAGAAUUAGUGGGUUUCUAGUUAUAGAAGAGCUCAAAAAUGUAAUCUUUAACAAAUUAAAAAGUAAAAGAUGAAGCAAUAGGGUGCUUUCCCUUCUCGUGCACGUCUAUAGCACGAACUUUCCUUUCAUUGACAGCUGCCUCAAAGGGAAAUUCUCUUCAAACUGUAAUUGGUCCAGAGGCCAGUCUAGUUGGAACUUAGGAGGGGUGGAGACACUUAAAUCGUGCAACUGAUUGUAUGUUGCCAUUGGCAACAGAUUUGCCUCAUGCAUUGAAAAUGUGGUGAUUUUUUUGUGACUUUUAAGCGUUGGAUUUGCUGUUUUAAGCAUUUGUACCUAGUAGAAGUCUGAAGAGCAGCAAGUUCUGAGGACUUUUUCACCCCUGGCAUUCACAUCCUCAACUUCUGUUGCCCCAUAUGGACCAGCUUCUACGAAGGAUAACUGUAGGAAAGUCUGUCACAUGCAGCAGUGACCCAGGAGCAAGGGUUCUGUUGCUUCUCACUCACCCUGGCUUUCAGGUUGCCUUCUGUCCUUGCCCCAAAGGUUGUUUUGUAUAUAGGGUCAACUUGGGUCUUUCUUUCAUUGGUCCUUCACCCUGGGUUUAAGAAAGAAGGCUUCUGUUCUGGUAUCCUAAGAUCUGUUUUUAGUAAGUCCUCUUCCCCGUGGUAAUAUGGAGAUGGUAGUAUGUUGGAAUCCACUUAGAAAACAAAAAAUUAUCUGAUUUUUGCAAAAGAGAGAGGUUAGGUUUUUAUUAUUCAUAUUUCCUUUUACAGUUCUGCAGUUCCAUCACAGUGUUUUUUAAAUAACUCAGGUGUUAUGAGGAUAAAUUAGAAAAGAAAAUACCUUAAGUUAUGUGGACUGUAAAUGUUUUUAUUUGUAAAAUUCUAUUAAUAAAGCUAUAUUCUGUAACUGUUGAA